UGUGUGUGUGUGUGUGUGUGAAGCUCUCAUCUCUCACACACACUCAUUGUGGAUAUACACCGGAAUUCCAGGCAUCUUCAGCACUUUCAGACAAGUGACAUCCUACCACGCGCUUGAAAAAUGGUGGCACCGUUUCGAGAUUUCAAGGAAACUCCACUUGAGGAGCUAUCAGAUGGAUUAUAUGGUGUGAAGGACAGAUCUGCGUGCCUUCCUCCAUCUAUCUCCACCACGGCUCUGAUCAGUGAGGACGUGAAGACAGAUGAAGAUGUCUGGGACGUGGCUGAUGUACAGGACACGGGACCCUCCUGGGCAGAUCUGGAGUGGAAAGCGAAAGUGUUUCGCGUCUUGGUGUCGGUGGGGAAGUUGGUGCUGCUUUUGGGUUUGCUCUACACCUUUGUCUGCUCUCUGGACAUCCUAAGCUCCGCGUUCCAGCUUGUUGGAGGAAAGGCAGCUGGAGACAUCUUCCAGGAGAACCAGGUGUUGUCGAACCCGCUGGCCGGCCUGGUGAUCGGCGUCCUCGUCACGCUGCUCGUCCAGAGCUCCAGCACCUCCUCAUCCAUCGUGGUCAGCAUGGUGUCCUCUGGAUUGCUUCAGGUCUCCACGGCCGUCCCGAUCAUCAUGGGGACCAACAUCGGGACGUCGGUGACCAACACAGUGGUGGCCAUGACACAGGCUGGGGACCGGAACACUUUCCGCAGGGCGUUUGCCGGAGCAACUGUACAUGAUUUCUUUAAUUGGCUGUCGGUGUUGGUGCUGCUGCCCCUGGAGGUGGUGACUGGUUACCUGUACCGCCUGACCGAGCUCAUUGUCUCAUCCUUCCACAUCGAGAGCGGAGACAGUGCCCCUGCCCUUCUCAACGUCAUCACUGAUCCACUUACACACUCCAUCAUUGAGUUGGACGAGUCGGUCCUCAGCGGAAUCGCCACUGGUGAUCCAGAUGCCAGGAAUAAGAGUCUCAUCAAGAUGUGGUGUCGAACAUCUACAAACACAUCUCUGCAGAACGUAACUAUAUUGAACUGCACCGGCGACUGCUGCUGGGAGUGGAGGAACAUCUCUCAAACCAUAAACAUUCAGAAAUGUGCUCAUAUUUUCGUGGACACGACUCUGCCGGACCUGGCUGUGGGACUGAUCCUCCUCGCUGGAUCUCUCCUGGUGCUCUGUACCUGCCUCAUCCUCAUUGUCAAACUACUUAACUCCAUGCUAAGGGGUCAGGUGGCCUCCAUCAUCAAGAAGGUCAUCAACACAGAUUUUCCAUUUCCCUUCGAAUGGUUGACUGGUUACCUUGCCAUUCUGGUGGGAGCGGGAAUGACCUUCAUUGUACAGAGCAGCUCAGUUUUCACCUCCGCCAUCACACCUCUCGUGGGUCUUGGGAUGAUUAGCAUUGAGAGAGCGUACCCACUGUCUCUGGGUUCAAACAUUGGCACAACGUCUACAGCAGUACUAGCGGCUCUAGCAAGUCCGGGAGAAACGCUGACUAACUCCCUGCAGAUCGCUCUGGUCCAUCUGUUCUUCAAUGUCUCGGGCAUCGUCCUGUGGUACGUCCUGCCGUUCAUGCGCAUCCCCAUCGUCAUGGCAAAGUCUCUGGGUGAUGUGACUGCCCAGUAUCGCUGGUUCGCAGUGUUCUACAUCCUGUUCUGCUUCUUCUUCAUCCCUCUCCUGGUGUUCGGUCUGUCUCUCGCCGGCCUGCCCGCUCUCCUCGCCGUCCUCGUCCCUGUAGUGCUUCUCAUCGUCUCUGUCCUCGCUAUCAACUUUCUGCAGUCGCGCUUUCCAGAGAGACUUCCUUCAUGUCUGCGCUCGUGGGACUUCCUGCCUCUGUGGGCUCGGUCGCUUGAACCCUGGGACAGAAAAAUCACAGCCAUGACCGCGUGCUGCUGCGGGUGCUGCAAAUGCUGCCAGGUUGCCAGGGACGACGAGGAGGCGGAGCCAAUUAGGUGCAUGGAAAUACAUGAUAACCCAGCUCUGUUGGAUGGGAGUAAAGAAAGUGUGAAUGUCCCGUCUGCUACAGUUAUUCUUAAAGUGACAGCGUUAUAAAAUGGUUAUUACUGUAUUAUUACUUAUUUAUAACACAUGUAUUAUAUAGUUAUUACAACAGAAUUAGAGUAUAAUGGAAUAUUGUCAUUACAGCAUAUCAGACUUGACUGGAUCAACUACUAAGAGCAAAAAUACUAAUUUAUGAAUGAUAUUUAUAUUUUAUAGGCUUUAUAUAUCUAUAAUCUAUCAGGAAAAUCCUAUUUUGCAAAUGGUAAACUUCUACAGUGUGAUUUAUAGACAUGCAGGAAGUUUUAUGUUAAAAUCAGAUGUUUAAUAAUGACAUCAGUGCUGAGACUCUGAAUAAACCGGACAGAUUUUAAA